CAAAGUCCAUUUGUUUUUAUCUAUAAAAAGGGGAAGAAACUCCGAAAACCAUGAUUUGGAUUUAGAAAAGAGAUUACUGAGUUACUGACGUACAGCUACAAAUAAAACCCAUCACGCAAUACUCUGCAAAUUGCAAAAACCCCCCAUAUUCCUUUUAACACACUCACUCUCCUUCAUCUUCAACAACAAACAAAAUAACAACUUCUCCCCAAAAAUACAUCAUCUCCCUUAAAACUCGGAACAUAAAGAUAGGAUCAUCAACAACAACAAUCCACCAUUUUAUUUUUAUUUUAUUCUAUUUUUUCAUUUUAUCAACAAGAGCACACAACCUUAGUUUCAUAUUCCCAGAUUUAUUUUCGGGUUAACACAAGUUGCUGAGCUUGAAAAGCAGAGGAAACAGCUAGUGAGUAAAGUUAUCCUUGCUUUUAUAUAUGGGCUGUUGCCACUCAAAGAAAGUUGGGCGUACUCCUGGAUACGAGGAUCCUAUUACCCUUGCCUCAGAAACACCAUUCACAGAGAGUGAAGUGGAGGCCUUGUAUGAGCUAUUCAAGAAAUUAAGCAGUUCCAUAAUUAAUGACGGCCUGAUUCACAGGGAAGAGUUCCAACUUGCACUCUUCAGGAACUGCAAAAAGCAGAAUCUCUUUGCAGAUAGGAUCUUUGACUUAUUUGAUUUGAAACGCAAUGGUGUUAUCGACUUUGGAGAAUUUGUUCGGUCACUGGGAGUAUUCCACCCAAAUGCACCUGUACAUCAUAAGAUUGAAUUUGCUUUCAAACUGUAUGAUCUGAGACAAACUGGGUUUAUUGAACGAGAAGAGUUGAAGGAGAUGGUUGUGGCUCUUUUACAUGAAUCAGAAUUGGUCCUCGCGGAUGAUGUUGUUGAGGCAAUUGUGGAUAAGACAUUUACUGAAGCAGAUCUAAAAGGUGACGGGAAGAUAGACCAAGAAGAAUGGGAUGAAUUAGUGAAGAAGUAUCCCGCGUUGCUAAAGAAUAUGACACUCCCAUAUUUAAAGGAUAUUACAUUAGCAUUUCCGAGCUUCAUUUUAACCUCAGAAGUUGAAGACAUAGAAGUGGCAAUGACAUGAAAGAGUACAAUUUAAGGGUUGUUGAUGAAAAGGCAUUCUUUGCCAGUUUAGGAAUUACCUUGGGAGUUCAACUUUCCUUCAGCAUUUCCUCUGAAUUUUGAGAACCGUUCCAGCGCCGUGGCAAGGCUGAACUGUCUCACAAUAUGAAGAACCAGACGAGAUCGGAUGGUAUUUUGGGGUGGACCUCAUUAUGCAGCGACACUAGUGUCUCAUCGCCUGCGUGCUAAGAAAAAGAAAAGUGAAAAAGAUAUCAACUUGGAAGUGUUUAGGUGUAGAACUAGAGAGUGACUUUAGAGGUAGGUAUAUUAAGUGUUAGUUAUGUAUAGAAUUAGACUUGAAAAACAGGAACUGAAAAGUGUGUGUUUUUGUGCAACUUGAGUUUCCUGCAUGAAAAUCUGUACUGCCACUCUGCCAGUAACUAUUUUCUUUCAUUUUGAUCUUUCAUAAAUCGAGUAUAUCGAGUACGAAGCUUCGAGCA